GUCUUCGACCUGACGAAGGACGACGCUCCUGAGGAGCUGAUGACGGAUGAGGAUGGUGAGACAGUCUUGCCAGUCGUGGCCAUCCGGAGCCACUACGAGUUGCCAGAUGAGACGGAAGAGAUCUUCUACGACUGCCAGAGUGAUGACGAGGGCAUGCCGUUGCGGACUCCAUCAAUGGAAGAAACAGGAAGUGAUGCCCUACGAGCCCAAUCCAAAGAUGUCACGGGCCAAAUUCAGAAUGUGUGCAUGGUGAGGAACGAGGCUCCCAAUGUCGUGAUGACGCUUGAUUCGGGAGCAGAUGUGUCAGUGGCACCAGAGCAGUACCACGCCCUGGGACUACCUGGUUGCCAACGUUCCAUUUGCAUGAUGGAUGCUCAAGGAGGUGCCAUCAAGAGCGCCGGAAACAGGCGACUUCGACUCCAAGCCUACACCGGAGCAGGAGAGAUGGUGGAGUUUGUGGAGCAGUUUGCUAUGGGUGUAGGUGUGACGCACCCCUUGAUGAGUUUUGGACGGUUGCUCAAGCAAGGAUGGGUGCUCUCUCGAGAUAGCCAAGGCCUAUACGUGGAGCACAAGGAGAAGGACUUGAAGAUCCCAGCUCGGCUUGAAAGGAAUUCACUGGUCAUGGACGUGAGAGUUUGUGCAGUCCGAGCCGAGGACAACGAGACGCUGGAGAUGGAGGAGCAAGAGAAAGAGAAGGUGAGUGAAGAGGAGGAUCAACAGAUGUUGGCAUUGAUGCAAGAGCUGUCCCAACAGGUGGAACCCGAUGCCACAAGAGUUCGAGUUGAGGAAGGCCCUACAAAGAAGCUGAAGGGCGAGGAGGUUGAAGAUAGCCAAAGGUCACCCGGCUACACCACAGAGGAGUCCGGAGAUGUCUUCGUGGAAGCAAGCAGCAGUGAGGAUGGAAAUGUGCAAGCCCGCAUGGCAAGGUGGCAGAACUGGAAACUGCGGAAGGGCAUGGUGAAGGACGAACCCCUAGAGUUGUCGGACAGCCCAGUGGUGGAUGUUGCAGAGGACAACCGUGUGUUUCCUGUUCGAGGAGAAGCAACGAGUUUGUAUGGAUUCAUCUCGAGAGAACUGGCACUGCUCGAGAAGAUGCCCGGCUGGCACGCUCUACCCAACGGGAUCGUCGUUCACUCCAGUCCUCAGGCAACUCAUUUUGUGGACCCAAGUCUCUCAUUUGGUCCAGAAUGGUGUGGAAGGAUGACUUUGUUGAAGAAGAAGGACAACAGUGGAGCAUGGGAGCAGGUGGAGAGCUUGGCAAACUAUGCAGAUACCCCGUUGCCAUACCGACCACUGCCAGGAGGACCUCGUCCCAGUGAGCCAGUACCCCUUCUGAGCGGGGAGCCAUCCUCGUGGCUGGACGAUGAGAGGGAUGAAGAAGGAGGUGAACUGCCAAUGUUGGCCGCUGGAAGUGGUGGACGACCAGAGAUCUUGGAAGAUGCUGCCUUCAUAGACCCCGACGAGCUGAGGAUCCAGAUAGACGAGACCUGGUUUGACAAGGAGACGAAAUUGAAGGACUUGCAGGAAAUUUGCAAGCAAUUAGGCUUGGCAACAUCUGGCUCCAAGAUCAAGGUGCUGCGGCGGCUUCAAAGUUACAAACACCAUCAAGAGGAGAAAAUGGCUUAUGAGAUCGCCCAGAGGUUGUUCAGUGAGAGCAGGCGAGAAGCCAUUCCAUUGAAGACACCAAAACUGCCAA